AUGGCCAACAAUAUCACUCUCAAUUGUAUCGUUAUUCUUAAUAACCCAGAUAAUCAACUUUCAGCCAAUAACGUUUCCCUCAAAAUUAUAAUUUCCAGAAAUGAGACUGUUGAUAAUCUCCAAACUGCAAUUCAGAAUCAGUUAGAAUCUAACAUUCCUCUUGAUAUUCGUCAAAUUUGUCAACCUGGACCUGAUAUUAAUAUGUCUCGCAAAUCUAGAAAUAACAGACGUAAAACUCAAGGAGAACAUAUAAUUAUCAUAAACAGAAAUACUCAAGAUACGAAAGCGGUAUUUGACUAUGAAGAGCUUAUUUUUUCCAGAAAAAUUGGUGAUCAUUAA